AUGGAGUUACGCGCGACUACGCGCAAAUGGCACCAGCUUGGAGAAAGGAAACUACAAAGAGAAUCAUGGCAGCUAACCGGUCCACAAUGGCGUUGUUGUGAAGGUGAUGCGUGGGCGGUAGCGCCUUUAGGUUGUUUGGUUGCUGUGGUAAGUAACCGUUUAGAUCCGUCAUCGUCACUACCUGAAAAUGUAAAAUGUCAACUACGUAUCUUUCGUGGCGGCUCAUGUGGAUUGGUCACUUGUAUCCCGUGGUUAGUAAGGCUUGAGACUUUGUUGGCGUUACAAUGGACGGACUCAGCCCUGUUAGUUGCGAUAUUUGCCAAUGCCUGCGUACGUGUAUUCUCGGCGCACGGCGAGUUUGUACAGCACUUCUACCUCUUCUUUAGCGACAAGGAAUCGAGAGGGGUGCCAAUAGACCCCUCCGUAGUGACCAUAUGCACUUGGGGUGGAGGAGCUGUAUAUGUUAGCAAAGAGACUACCUGCCUGUACAUACAGCGUGGGUUCGACGGACGUGAUUGUACCCACUUUUCCCUUAGAGAAUAUUCACUCCACGUGGUAGCACUGGGUGUAGUACCACGUGAAGAAUGGCUGGAUUCAGUGUUGAUAAUAUCACGUGUUGACGGCGCCUGUUUCAUGGGUCUGCAAGAUCUUAUUAAAUGUCGUGAUUUGGAAGAUUUCCAACGAUAUGCGCAGGAAAUUCAACUACCCACAAAUGUAGUAUAUGACGACAUUAUACUAUGCAAUCAUGCAGUAUCUCUGUGUGAUGCGACGUACUUUGCAUUCCGAGAGAAAACCACUGGAUUAGUGGCAUCCAUGCGAUAUCGACACGGACGUGUUGAUCUGCUAUGGCACGGCAAACUUGACACUAAGGGUUCACUAUACGUGGUAGACGGUGGCAUAGUUGCACUGGUACUUAACGACAGUGUCGCCUUUGUCGACUCUGGGUCGACUAUUAUAUCGGUGGAUUUCCCAGUAAAGGCUCUAUGUGCCAGUUCUGAUGUUGGUGGCGGUUUGCGCAUAUUCACGGAUUCCCGUUCUGAGUUUUUCAAGAUUGUAUCUCCGGAUUCACAAGCGGUGUUUUCCGAGGCCUCCUGCUCACCAGCUGCCGUGCUAUUACGUAACGAGAUGUUCCAUGCUGGUGAUGUCAAAGCUUGUGAGACAUUACGAUUAAUCCGUGAUGAUAUGGCCGAAGCAACGAGUGUCUGCAUCUCUGCUGCGGUAGAUUGUUGGGAUUUUGAUACAGCUUCAAUGUUGCUUGACGCGGCGGCAUUUGGAACUUCGAUGGGUUCAGUACAGGGUACAACUCGUGCUGAUAUCCUUCCAGCGAUUACCGUGUCCGACGAGAAGAUGGUAGCGACAGCUCUUGGUGAUCUGCCACCAUCUACAAGAGAGCACGGUGACACUAUCGAUCCCAUUGCUCAAGACACACCCAUGGUCAUCGCAAAACCAGAAUCAAGAUACUCCCCUGUAACCAUAGAUACAGAAUCGGAUUGUAAAACGAGGUUCACAGGGUCACGAAGCACAGCUCUUGCAAUGCUACGUGUGGCAAACGCACUACGGUCAAAUCCAAGCGACAUACGUACCAACGCCUCCCAACUUAUAUCUAUCGGAGCACAGUUGCUAGUGGGAUUGUUAGCCGCACAGAAUUGCCACUUGUUGGCGUUACGGGUAUCUGAUUUUCUAGGAGUUGAUAAAAAUGCAGUGCUUAUUCACUGGGUACGUACUCGUGUUAAAUUAGGUGCACAUAUGACCGACAUUGAACUUGUCGAAGCUAUAACAAAAUUACUUGAUGGUUAUGCCGGGGUUAUACUGCCAUAUGCCGAUAUAGCUGCCGCGGCAGCACGGGAACGGAGGUCCAGCUUGGCAUUGGCAUUAUUAGAUCGGGAGCGUAGUUUACCACGUCGUUUCCGUACCCUUUGUUCCUGGGGUGAGCUUUCAAAAGCGGCAUCGGUUGCCGCUGAAGCUUUCGACCUCAUGUAUGCAGCUGUAGUGGUACUGAAAGCACAGCAAGGUUCCAAUUUGGAUCGUAUAGUUGAAUUAGCAAACGGUAACACUUGCGUUCGUGACGUAUUUGUGAAACAAUGUCGGCUGGCAGGUGCUGCAGAUGUAUUACAGAUAUUCUUGGAACGUAUCGAUGAUAUAUUCGGGGCCGGUGUUAACGCUGCUCGUCAAGCUCUAACUUUCUUACGCAAACCUGUCACCUCGGACACCAGACCAGCGAUGCAUCAGCUGGUGUCACAUAUAUCGACACAGUCCAAUACCCAAGCUGAAGAUUGUUCUACUUGGUUGAAAUUUUCAUCAGAUUUCUUCGGGUCUGUCGCAGUAUCUAAAAAUACAAACGGAUCUGGUACUCCUGACUCUGCAAAGCUGUGGCAUGAAUGUAUAUCGCAACAACGUGAACUUUUGUCGGUACAACAUGAACUUGAACGCUCGUCGACGACACUUGCCGAUAUAGGAUUAGUUGGUCGGAGUUUAGUAUUCACAGUGUUCUCACUAUAUCGACUGGAUCGAGCAAAGGAAGCAGCUGCUCUUGCCGAACGAUUUCAUAUGCCAUUUAAUCAGCAUUGGCGUUGUCGACUUGCUGCAGCUCACGAUGUACACAAUAUCAACGACCUUUUACGUAUGGCCAAUGACAAAACGGCACACGCACAGUAUGUAUGCUUGAAGAAUGGAAAAUCGCCAAUCGAUUUAGUUUUAGAGGCACUUCUGUCUCUAGGUGCCACUAGUGCAGUAGAAACUGUGGCAGCCACAUUGAGAUACCCGCAUCAACAGCAGUGGCGCAACCGACUGAAUGCACGAACGGGUGGAACAGUCUCACAGCAAACCGCCGAAGAGGCACCCUCGCUGCUCUCUAGUAUAUCCAAAAGGAUUUGGCACUAA